AUGACAGAGGUAGUCCUUGGUAAAGGAGCAUGGGGAGAGGUCGAAGUGACCCAUUUUCAUGGUCUGAAGGUUGCUGCAAAAAGUCUUUAUGAAAUAUUAAUCUCUUCUUAUAACAUUAAAAUAUUCUCUGGUGAAAUGAAUAUUCUUUCUAAAAUACGUCAUCCGAACUGCCUUCAGUUCAUAGGAGCCACUACAGAGGGUAAUCCAAUCAUCCUGACAGAGCUAAUGGCCACCAGCCUAAGAAAGGAAAUAGAGAGUGGAGGACUUGCCUAUCCUACCAUACUGAGCAUCAGUUUAGAUGUAGCCUGUGCUCUCAAUUACCUUCAUCUCUUCAAGCCUCAUCCUAUACUACAUAGAGAUGUCAGCAGUAGUAGUGUACUCCUUCAACAAGUGGGGAGAGUAUGGAGAGCUAAAGUAUCAGGUUACACUUCAGCCAAUUUUCAGCAUCUUAGAAGAACAUCCUAUGAUGAUUCCUAUCCUGGUUCUCCUAUCUAUUCAGCACCUGAAGCAGGCAAUCCAAGGGAACAUUCUCCUGCAAUGGAUGUCUUCAGUUAUGGUGUCCUCCUUGUACAGAUGCUUGUUUGUGAGUUCCCAUACACAGAAAAAAAGAGUUGCUCAAAUUGA